AAAUUAUUAGGUUUAAUUUAAUUGUUACAUUUUUGAAAGUGUUCCUUGCAUGUGCCAAGAUUACUGUAUUUGAAUUAUAGGAAGAGAGAGUAGCAAGAAUAGAAAGAAAGGAAACAGAAGGAGCAAUACCUCAAUCAGUAAUUAAUCAAGAUAUACUAUCAACUGAUACAAGUGUGACAAUAGUUAAUAAACAAUUAAUAAAAGAAAUAAAAACAAACAAACAAUUAGAAGAAGCACUAACAAAAAUGAGAGUAAAGGAAAUUCAGCAAAACUUGUCAUUAGGCACAGAUACUAGUUCAGCAUCAUACAGAAUCAGAAGAGGAAUGAGAAUGGAAAUAGAACAAUUGCAAUUAUUAUUAACAAAUAAAACUGGUUUACUGGAUCAGAAUGAAUCAUUAAUAGAUAUUAAGAGAGAAUUAGCUGAACUAAAAGAACAAAUAUCAGUAAUUAGUGCACAUAUAUUUAAUAAAGGAGAAGAGAAUGAAGAUUAUAGAGAUGUAAUAAGAGAGUGGAGGAAAAAAUUGACUUUGUUAGCUGAAAUUGUUAAAUUGAGAGAUGAAGAUGAUGAUAAAGGAGAAGAGACUGUGGGAGUGGUGGAGUGGGACAAUGAUAGAGUAUUCCUUACUAAACCAUCAGCAGAUCAAUGUCAGGAAGUGAUUAUUAAACUAAAAGAUAACAGCAGUCAAAACCAUAUUUACCUCAAGCGGUCAUCACCUUUUCUUGCAUACUUGCUGCUGUCAAAAGUUCUAGAUAUAAGAACAAUAAAAAGGAUUGAUAUAAAAUACACUAAAAUAACAAAAAAUGUCAUUGUCUUGCUGUCAGAUAAAAUAACAAACAGUUCUUCAUUAGAUACACUAGUGAUCAAUAAUGAUUCCAUCAAUGAUGAUGGAGUCAUUGCACUAACGCAAUCAUUGAUGAAUAAUAAAUCAGUUACUGGCUUGCAUCUUUGCCACAAUCCUGGCAUCACUUCAACCAGUGCUCAGUCACUAGCUGAACUUUUACUCUACAACCACACACUAUCUUCCCUGUAUCUUCGCCAUACUAACAUUGAUACUGAUGGAUUACAUUUAUUGAUGGAAUCUCUCAGGACCAAUACACAAAAGAAAAUUUGGCUAGACACUUACAAACGUCUACCUUGUUCUUCAUUUCCUCAUUAUAAAGCUAUUAAAAAAAGAUUAUACUUUUUUUAGGACUGUUUUUUAUAAUGCCUAAUAGAUUUUUUCUUAAAAUAAUUUAGUUUCCGUUCUUAACCCUA